GCUUGAUGACGCAGCAGUGCAGAGGCCUGUGGCUGAACGAUUGCUGGGCAGAGAGAAUAACAGAGAGACGCUGCUUUGGCCUGACUUGACACUCAAACACGCACACACACACACACACACACAGCGGCACAGAGGAAAUACUGCCGAGAGAGAGAGAGAGAGAGCAGCUGAUCUGGCCCCGAAGGAGAAACACCACUGCUAUCCUUCGCUCUCCUCUCAACCAUGGCAGAACAAACUGAUCUCACCUUGGGCCAGACUGUUUACAUCUACAGCUGCUCAAAUAUGGAGGAAUAGAUCAGGUAUAUAUCAGCCUGUCUCACUCGAAACUCUCUCUUUCGCUGUUUUACUCACUCUACUAACACGCAGAGAGACUGUGAACCCAUUAAUGCUGACUAAAAAGGAGCUAAACUGCACACCGAGGCUUCCGCUGAGGGACUAGCGAGAUGAGUGUGUGUGUGUGUUUGUGUGCACAAGCCUUGUUUUGAGUAUUUUCUGUGGGAAUCCAUCCAGAUGGAUGUACCAGAGAGCGUUUCUCUUGAUUACGUUCCAGAAAAAGGACUGUCUGACUCAUUGAGUGAUUCUUCAUGAUGACCACCAGGGGGCACAGUGGAGUCGUUCCUCCCUCAGACGCACAUUUAAUCGCACGAACAGGGACCAGAGGAAAGACGAUCUCGAUUAUGAGGAGCGGUAUGAGCAAACGUAAGAUGACUGUGGUGAACCCAAGCACUCUUGGUCUGGUGGACAGUUCCCAUCCCCAAGCUGUCCUCGGUCAUCUUAGUGAACAGCGAUCACAAGGUCUGUUCUGUGAUGUAAUAAUUGUUGUGGAGGAUGUCAAAUUCCGUGCUCACCGCAACAUACUGGCUGCCACAAGUGGAUACUUUCGUAAUGCAUUCAAAACGCCUGAGGUCUACACGUCCAGCCAGGUGCUGGAGCUAACAGAUCUGAGAUCUGAGGUCUUUGCUAGCAUUCUAAACUUUAUAUACAAUGCCAGAGUGGAGUCAAGCAGUACAGAAGACAAAAACUCACUGGUGGCAGCUGGAAAGCGUUUAGGAAUUCCCUUUCUGGAGAAAUUGCUAGACUCUGAAAGGAAGAGCUCAGGUCUCUUGCAAUGCCAAGCAUCUUCCAGCUGCAAAAUAUCAAACAGUCAGUCAAAAUUGGCAGAAUCAUGCACACUGAAAAAAGAGAUCCUAAAACCGGAGGAGUUAGAAUGCUCAAAGGGCCCAAGGAUCACCAAUGCUUUUUCCAUUACUGAGGGAGGGACAGUACACAACCCAUUUUCUACACUGAAUCAGCGUAACAAAGUUAUUGAGAAUUUUGAAGAAGGACAUCCUCCUUCCAGUCCCCAAGAUACAAGCAUAUCAGCAGUAGAGAGUGAGCCUGCCCAUGCGCUAAAUGAGCACUCAUAUGCAGUCAGUCAGGGGCAAGAAUCUAAAGAGGUUAUCCAGGGGAAUGAUAACGGAACCAUCAUACCUGCCGUGCCUCCAGCAAAGACUGUGGUUACUCAUAGACUUGGACCUAUAAAAAAGCGUCGUAUACAUAACAGUAUUCCAUCUCUCUCAAGUCAAACAGGUGCAACUGGGUCCACAAUCGCUGGCACGUCUGCAGCGGAAAAUGCCACUGCUGCUCCGAUAUCUUCCCCUCAGUUGUCUUCAGAUGCAGCACCAGAGAUAGAUUCCAGCCUUGAUCUUUUGCCACCGCUAGAUGUUACACCCUCUCAGGACGCUGAGCCACCCUGCCUCAGUCCUCAGAAUACAGAUUAUGUCCCCACCUUCAGCUGCAAGCAAUGCCCCGAGACGUUUAAUGACUCGACGCUUCUCACCAUCCACAUGCAAAUACACAAGAGAUUUGUCAGUCAUUUGUUUUGCAAGUACUGCCGUAAAAAGUUUAUGCAUCUGAAAAGAUUGCGUAAUCACGAGCAGGUUUGUGUGAAAUCUCUAAAAGGUCCAUCAGAGUUAGAGACAAAUAAUAAAGACUCUUUGAGAGUCCCUGACACCAAUAGUACGUAUAAUGCAAAUACAACACAACAGUCUUUACCUCCACCAGAUCUUAAUAUCCCUUUAAGUUUAGACCCCACAUCAACUUGUCCUCUUGAGAUGUCCCAGGAUCAAGUUAAUGGCACCUUAAAAACAAAUGGCACUUCAAGAACAUAUAAAUGUUCUGUAUGCAAACGGGCUUAUGUGACCCUUUCCAGCCUCAAAAGACAUGAGAAUGUACAUUCAUGGCAUAGAGCCUAUCCCUGCCAUUACUGCAACAAAGUCUUUGCUUUGGCUGAAUACCGAACCAAGCAUGAGAUUUGGCAUACUGGGGAACGCAGGUACCAGUGCAUUUUCUGCUUAGAGACCUUCUUGACUUAUUACAUCCUCAAGAAUCACCAAAAGUCCUUUCAUGGCAUUGACCCACAGCUGGCAGUCAAUAAAAAGUCUGCAAAUGGUGGACUGAAGAGUAGUGUCUACCCUAUAAAGCUCUACAGGCUUCUCCCAAUGACUUUUAGAAAGAAACGUUAUAAGUCAUACAGUCGGACGUACUCUGAGGGGACUGAGGACAAUGAUGAGUCCUACAGUGCACCACUGGGCAGCUGUUCCCCCCACCCUCCCUUUGACAAUACUGUACCUACAACUAAUUCAGAUGUUGUCAGUGGUCAGUCGUUAUUUUCAAUGCCAGUCACAUUCAUGGCCACUCCAAAAAUGAUGGCAUCAGAAACUCCUCGCAUCAGCUUUGACAAACCAUGUGAACCAAACGUAGGAUUUCCUAUGCCAUCAGAGAUAGACCAACCCCUGAAACACCUCUCUACUGAUUUCAAGAAGAAGUCUGGUUUUAAUGGCAAAGGGUCACCUCUCUUCAGCUACAAAUUUAGAGAUUCUUCAAAACCAGUACCUAAAAGCACAGGGUCCUCUGAGACCACAUGCGACAGAGAUCCUUCAGCAGAGAAAAGCAAAGAUAACAGCACAGACAUUCUUCCAUUCCUUAAUAUACCAUCUGUCUGUUCCUUUGAAGGGUUAAGCAAGUUGAGUGAACUGUCAGCAGCAGCGCAGACCAUUGAAGACAUGGCUAAUCAGCUGCUGCAAGCAAGACCGGAAAGCAUAACACCAGAUCAGCCGCCUGGUGGAAAGACAGAAACAUACAUUGCUAAACCUGCCUGUCCAGGGCCAUCAGUUGACAACCAAGUUCUUCCCCUCUGCCAAAUAACAGUGAAGAUUGGCAACGAGGCGGUUGUUCGUCGAAAAAUAAAAGGCUCUAACCUGUUUCCAAAGAAGAGGAAAAGGAAAAGCUGGAGACCAGAGGGCAUAGGUCAAAGUAACCGUCCAGAGGAGAGUAUUGGAAGUCCAAGUUUGCGGUUGAGGGCAGAAGUCACAACCUCAGUUAGAGAAAAAGAAACAUAUGAUGACGCAAACGAUCCCGAAACUGAUGAACUAUGGCGUCCCUAUUACACAUAUAAGCCUAAAAAGAGGAGUAAGAAGCUGAAAAGCAAACGAAUAAAAAUGAAACACAUGAGAGGCUACACUAUGCCUUUAUCACCUGAAGCCAGUGAUGAA